GCAAACUACUACGGCGAAUUCAGCAAGCAACAGAGCGAAAUUGACAAAAAAAUAUUGAAAUAAAACAGUUCUUUCUUCCAUUUGAUGACAAAUUACUUGUGUGAGCUGAUUUUCGUGUCAGAAGCAAUCAACGCGGUGAUGAAGUGUAGAUGUGUAGAUGUGGAGUCAAUAAAUAAUAACAAAAUACUUAAUUAACAAACAAAUAACAAAGAAAGAAACAAUAUUGUUUUAAUUGUGUUUAGCAAUAUUGAAAGCAAAGUGGAAAGUUGUACACCAGUGAAAUUUGUUUUUGUAAAUGGAGACAAGUGAGGAAACAGGCGAUAGUCUGGCUCAAGAAAUAAACGCAACAAUAACGUCUGGUGCAACAAGAAUAAUAAUGGCCGAUCUGCACAAUGAAACGAAUGUGCCAGUUAUUGUACCAUACGAGGUUGAAACAAAUUUGCAAAUUCCUACUACGUCAGUGACUGCAAUGCCACUUGGAGCAGACACAACAACAGUAACAACACGAGAUGAAAACACCAACAAUGCAACUGAUGCCGUAAUCGAUCUAUGCAAUACCACCCCCCCGACCGCAUCCACAUCGAAAUCAGCUGCAGCAGCAGCAGCCGCCGCGGCAGCAGUUAUAUGUGUCGAUAGUAGUCCGGAUGAAAGGUCGGCUGAUGCUGAGGACGCUGCAGGACCUUCAGCUACAAUUGAGUGCCCAAUAUGCUUACAAACAUGUAUACAUCCAGCACGUUUGCCAUGUGGGCAUAUAUUUUGUUUCCUAUGCGUGAAAG